UAUUUUCCGUUCUGAGGAAAUUUACAAUCUAUUGAGUAUGGAGUUAUUUACAGCUUUGAGCUUAUUCAGUCGGCAAAAAUACGAGGCGUGUGCCGCGAUAUGCACCGAUUUGUUGAGGAAAAAUCCGCUGGAUCAGGCCGUGUGGGUCUUGAAAAUGCGUGCCUUAACAUUGCAAGUCUACGUGGAUGAUAUUGAAGGCGAGGAGGAGGGAAUCGCGGAGACUCUGCUAGACAAUUAUGCGAUAUCGAUGAUGCCUAGGCCAGGGACUUCGUUGAAAAAUCCCGGUACCAGUUACACCGGUCAAGGAGUACGGCCUAAAUCUCAAUCUGGUAGACCUGUUACCGGGGUAGUGCGACCUGCCACUCAGGCAGCGACGUCCCAAUCGAUUGAACAAGCACUGAAAACACCAAGAACAGCAAUGACUGCCAGGCCGAUUACAGCAAGUUCAGGACGUAGUGUUAGACUCGGUACUGCAUCGAUGCUGACGGAGCCGGGUGGGCCCUUUAUCCAGUUAUCGCGCUUGAACAUAACUAAAUACGCUAAUCAACAAAGCAUAGCGAAACCGUUAUUUGAAUACAUAUAUUAUCAUGAACACGAUGCGAGAUAUGCGUUGGACUUGGCCGUUCAGGCGACCCAAGUCUGUCAAUACAAAGAUUGGUGGUGGAAGGUUCAGUUGGGAAAGUGUUAUUAUACUUUAGGACUAGUGAGAGAUGCAGAGCAGCAAUUCAAAUCGGCGUUGAGAGAUCAUAAAAAUAUCGAGACAAUUUUGCGACUAAUCAGGGUCUACAUCAGGCUCGAUCAGCCCUUGACCGCGCUGGACACUUGUAAGAGAGGCCUUGAGUAUUUCGCGAAUGAUGUUACAAUCCUCACAGAGAUGAGUCGUAUAUUCGAGGGCCUGAAUAAUACAACGAUGUCCAUGAAAUAUUACAAGAUGAUCGCGCAAGAGGAUGCUUCUCACAGUGAGGCAAUUGCCAGUAUAGGCAUGCAUCAUUUUUACAAUGAUCAGCCGGAGCUAGCUUUGCGUUAUUACAGGCGUCUCUUGCAGAUGGGUGUACACAAUGCGGAGUUGUUCAAUAACCUCGGGCUUUGCUGCUUCUACGCUCAGCAAUACGAUCAUACUAUAUCGUGCUUUGAGAGAGCAUUGAAUCUCGCGACCGACGAGAACGUAGCCGAUGUGUGGUACAACAUUUCUCACAUUGCCAUUACGUUAGGCGAUUCAAUAAUGGCCGAGGAAUGUUUGAGGCUGGCCAUUGCGAGCGAUAAUAGACAUGCUUUGGCUUACAAUAAUCUUGGUGUAAUAGAAAUGCGUAAUGGGAAUGUUACCGCAGCGCGAACUUAUUUCCAUGCUGCAGCCAACAUCGCAAGCUAUGUAUACGAAGCGCACUUUAACAGCGCAUAUUUAGCUUACGAGGUAAUUAUUUCUGAUUUGCUUCUAUUAUACAAUAUGCCGAUUAAUAUUACACUCGUAUAUAUUACAUUCGUUUUAUACAUACACACAGGUUGGAGAUCUACAGACGAGUUAUAUCGCAGUACAAAAAUCGUUACUCGCCUAUCCCGGACACUACGACAGUAAAACUCUUUUGCAGAAAUUGCAAAGAUACUUCUCGCAUAUGUAAGAUAAACAACGAAAAAGAUAUUUCUCAUUUUACACUAGAUUGUUUUAUUCAAUAUUGUAUAUAACAUAUUGUUUUUUAAACAUAAUUUUCUAUAUAUACAUAAUGUACAUAUACAGUAAAAUACAAAUUAUGUUUGAAACUUCUACAUCCCGUCUGCUAUUAUUAAAAAAUUGUGACUUGAGUAAAAAAAAAAAAA